CAGUUUCCCACCCUGUUUCUUGAACACUACAAUAUUACCGAACCUUCCAUUUGCUAAUUGAGAUUUCCUGUUUUCUCAUUAUGCAUCCUCCAUCUCUGCUAGCUACCGCUCUUUUUGCUGCUGUGUCAGGCUUAUGUGCACCUACUCAUGAUUGUGGCUGCAAGAGUCCUCUUGUACGUAAAGAAUGGAGAACUUUGAGCAGCAAAGAGAAGCAUGAGUAUAUCAAUUCGGUCAAGUGCCUGGCAUCAAAGCCCUCGCAGACGGGAAACAUAUACGCUGGUGCCAAGUCUCGCUUUGACGACUUUCAAGUCAGUCAUAUCGUGAAUACCGACUUUAUUCACUAUGUCGGAUUCUUUCAAGCCUGGCAUCGAAUUUUCAUUGCCCAAUAUGAGAAGGAUCUUCGAAAUCUUUGUUGCUACAGUGGAGCUCAACCUUAUUGGGACUGGACACUGGAUUCAGAGUCCGUAGAGGAUUUCGAAAACUCUCCAAUCUUCGGUGCAAAGACUGGCUUUGGGGGUAACGGCGCUUUCAUCGACACCGGUAGCUGGACAAACGUGACUAGACAGGUCUCUGGCAGGACAGGAGGAGGCUGCGUCGCCGAUGGCCCUUUUGCCAAGGGGGAUUUCGAAGUUCAUGCAGGUCCAGAUAACUCUACCGAUUACAACCCACGUUGUCUGUCCCGCGACAUCGCUCCAGAGUAUGGCAUCUCGAAGCUCAACCAAACCGUCGUCGACUGGACUCUUGAAGCCAAAGACUUCUUCGAGUUCGACCAGCGCGUCCAGGGUGGCGCUAGUGCGGAGUCCCAAGGUUAUCAUGGCGGCGGCCAUCUCGCUAUUGGCGGUAGUCUCGGCGAGAUGGGCGACAUGUACUCUUCACCAGGCGAUCCUAUCUUCUGGCUGCAUCACACCAAUGUCGAUCGACUCUGGGAUAAAUGGCAGCGACUGGAUUGGCCUGCUCGGAAGAGCGAUAUUAGCGGGCCCGAUACACAAUAUGCGUAUCCUUAUGACUUCUUUGGGGAUAAGGAGUAUAAGAACAUUACGCUUGCUUAUGUGAUGGACUUUGGGAAUUUGCUUCCUGGAAGGCGAUAUGUCACUGUUGAGGAGGCUAUGGAUACACAAGGGGAGCGAUUGUGUUAUACAUAUGAGUAAUGGCAUUGAGUGGCUCUAUGAUAUGGUAGAAUUCUUGUUGAUUAUAUUUGAAAACAUUAACUAUUACAGAAUAAAAUGUAAAGUACUGGUGAAGUGAACUCAUGUAGACAUCGAGGCUUGUGUU